UUCUUCGUCAAGCGUCAGCAUGAAAUUGCACCUGUACAGUUUAAUCAUUGACUUUUUUAUUUACCUGAUAGUUAAUCAACUUCAUCUAUCGAAGAAAAAAGGAGUCGAAUAGAAUUGUUCCUUCGUAUUACCUUUUACCGAACAUACUUCAGUGGAUUACUAAUCUUCAGGGAAUAUAAAAAAUAAGACAUUUUUAAUCUGCACAUAUGGCAAGGUUAGAUCCACACGUGUUGGUGAACUGUGGGAUAGUAAAUAUCGUUAAUGACAUGAAGUCGUCGACAAAAUUGUUAAUAAUUUCCCCAAUAAUAAGUAACAGGUGAUAACAAGUUUUUAAUCCAGGUGUAAAAGCAGAGUAGGAUAACUCUAUUGAACGAGAUUUUAAUUCAAAGAUGAAAAGAUUUUCUCCCAACUUAAUGUGCAAUGGAGACAAUAACGAUAGAAGUAAGAUCUCGUUUACGUUCUUGCAAUAUAUUUAUCUCGACCAGAGAUAUUUUGGAGAGGAGCUCCGUUAAACUGAAACUCAACGAGUCUGUUAUAGUCCUUAGCAUCGCAGGGCAAACAAAAUAUAUACCGUUGAGAUCGAUAAAAAUUGCUCCCAAAACGCUCUCUUCCUUAAACGUAUCAAGAAAUUGGAUCUCGUUGAGAGUACAAACCGAGCCUGAUCAUCCUACUCACGGCUCUUUUAAAACAGAACUAGUUGGUACAAGCAAUGCGAUUGGCGAUCCUAAUAACAAAUCUGCCCAAGUGGAGCACCGUUUGAAAGAAAAAAACUGCAUAUUGCAUUGUUCAAGAUGUAAAAAUGAAAUUUCUGAUAAAUUAUUUUUCAAAAGAGUCCUACCUUUACCUGGAGAAAACUGUGAUCCGAGCGAAUGGUUUUGCUGCAAUCAUAAUGGCGACGAUUACGCUACAUUACCAGACCCUAAGGAGUCAGAUUGCUUCUACGAAAAGCAUUAUAGAGUUUUAAACAAAACCAUUCUGAAAGAAGAAUUAAUACUGGAUGGAGUCAGAGAAGAAGUAACAUGUAACAGGUGUUUAUCAGUACUUGGAAAUUGGUGGUCAACAUCCAAAAAAAGUGUCAAGUUUUGGAACUGUUGUGUAGAUUUUAAAUAUUUAGACGAUGCAUCAACUAUUGAAAAAGCUUCUGAUCCAUUAAAAGAUUUUUUUCUGAUUCUUAGCGAUCGAAAAGAUAUUUUCACAGGGAAUCGCUUGCUCAUAGAAGCUUUUGAUGGAGAUCGGCCUCAUUAUUUACUCAUACAGCUCAUGGAUCAGAAUCUGGAAUUAUUAACAGAGAAAAAUCUUUCCAAGUUGGGUAAAGAUGAUACAAUUGAUUUGGCAACUAGUCGAGUAACUAAACUUUUAUAUAAAUAUACCGAGAUUGAAGCAGAAAUGAAAAGUUUCUCCGAAGACGUCGAUCGCUGCCAAGUAGCUUUACCAGUUAUGCUAGCAGCUAUGGAUCAUCUCUCAACAACAACUAAACGUUAUCCUCCAGCCUACAGGAUUACAGACAAAUAUUUUGUAGGCUACACUUACGUUUAAAUAAUUUUAAUUUGAAGUUAGAGAUAUGGACGAUGCUUCACAAGUGAACAUUAAGUCUUCAAAAAUCCUCAAGGAUUUGAUUGAAUUUUUGAAAUUAUUAUUUAAGACAUUAAAAAUAAUUGACAAAUGUAGUUGUUAAUUUUAAAAUAAACAGUUUGCUUAUUUUGUAUAUAA